AUGGCAGCUCCAUUGACCAAGUCUCCACUCUCCACGGAGUCACCGCCGUUCGAUCCGCAGCGAGGUGCUCUUUUGGGGUCUCCUUCGGGUGGCUACAAACCUGCAAGUCGAUCUCGGUCCAACUCACCGCACAUGGGGCGGUCCACAUCUCCACAUCCAACUGGUAGUGGUAGUGGUCCCAGUGGAAACGCGCAAUCGAAUGCUCUUCCCAAGUACACGUUCCAGUACCAAGGCGAGACUCUGGAAAUUAGAAACGUGUGGGCCGAAAAUGUUCGGGAAGAAAUGGCAGUGAUUCGAUCAGUCAUUGAAAAAUAUCCUUAUGUGGCCAUGGACACGGAAUUUCCAGGUGUGGUGGCAAAACCCGUCACAGAAGCUUACACGUCCGACUACCAAUACAAGGCGCUCAAAGUCAAUGUUGACUUGCUAAAAAUCAUCCAGUUGGGAUUGAGCUUUGCCGAUGAGAAUGGAAAUUUUUGUCCAGGAUGUCCCUGUUGGCAGUUCAAUUUCAAAUUCAAUCUUCAUGGCGACAUGUUUGCGCAGGACUCGAUUGAUCUACUCAUCAAAUCUGGAAUUUCCUUUGAAGAUCACGCCACUCGGGGCAUUGAUCCAUUGGUUUUUGGAGAACUCCUAAUGGUGUCAGGUCUAGUGUUGGAUGAUCGUGUCAAAUGGGUCUCAUUCCACUCUGGGUAUGACUAUGGCUAUUUUUUGAAGCUUCUGACCACCAUAGACCUUCCAGUCGACCAAAAGGCAUUCUUUGAGUACCUCAAGAUUUACUUUCCCUGUAUUUAUGACAUCAAGUACAUGACAAGUCUCCUGGAUGGGCAUCGUUUUCACGGAGGUCUUCAACGUAUUGCGGAUGAGCUCGGAUGCCAGCGACUCGGAGCAGAGCAUCAAGCUGGCAGUGACUCCCUCUUGACCAUGGCGGCAUACUUUGCUCUGGCAAAAGCCAAAUUCACUAACAGUGAUGGACAGAUUGAUGAUACGAAGUAUAUCAAUGAAUUGUUUGGGUACGGGAACAAUCACACGGUGCGAAAAGGUGGCGGCCCUUCUGCAGCUAUGAGGGAGGUUUCUGCUGGCAGCAUUUCCAACAGUGGCAGCGAUAUGUAA